CAAGAAAAAGAGUUACAACAGACCAAAACAGACCUAGUAAAUGCUUUCUUAAAAACGAAAAGUCAGGUAGGACAUUAUGCUGCAGAUGGAACAUAUGUGCCAGCUGGUGGAACUUAUAUACCACCAAACCCUCCAAGAGAAGCACCUGCACCAGGACUACCUAACACAUUUACAUCGUCACAUGGACAUAGACACAGGCAUGCACCACAACAACAACCAAAACCAACACAACAACCAACACAACAACCAGCACAGCAACCAGCACAAACAGAGCAAGGACAUAAAAGAAGUAGAGAACAAGGAAACCAAGAAUUCUUAAAAAUGCUUAAGGAAGAGUAUGGUUACCCAGAUACUCUUGACUUUAGUGACAGAUAUAAAGAAGCUAUUAGAAAGUUCAAGGAAGGAAAUACUGACCCGAACCUAUUUAGCUUUAUGGCUCAGCACCAAAUGGGAUAUAAUUUCAAACCUGGAAAAUACAAGCUCGCUAAGGGAUAUGAUUUAAUAGCAUAUCAUCCAAAUGACAUGAAUGAAUUUACUCCGAGAUAUUUGGUGUCAGAGCUAAAUGAUAAUUCAACUCUCUUCAUGAAACGCGUAAAAAAUAGAGACGGAACGAAAAAAGAAAGGUUUAUGAGUCCGGAUGACUUAGAUAGGGAACUUUUUAAAAACGGUCUCGGAAUAUAUGAAAUGCCAGCAGAUGAGGUACAAGAAACUCCACAGGAAGAAGUUCAGAUACAACCAGACAUGGAAGAAAUAGUUCAGCAACAACAGCUAGAAGAGCCUGA